UAUACUUGGUCUUUCGGGGUGAAUACAAACUCUCCACAGCCAAAGGUUUUACGCGUCUGGAUGUUAUUUUGUAACUCGUCACCGGAAGUAUGAUUGUCUUCACCCUCUUGGGGACCACAAAGAUGCGGCGCAGGCUCGGUUCUGCAUCGGCAUGCGGGCUGCGCUUCUUCCCAAAUUCGGGAUGUUUCCCCUGCUGCUUUUCCUCCACGCCGUCGCCGUCAAAUGUAGCGCCGAGCCGCCUCCCCUGCUGGACGUCGUCGUGGACCGGUACCACAUGCCCAAACGUUGCCCUCGCGAAGUCCAAACGGAGGACUUUGUUCGGUAUCACUUCAACGGGACCUUCCAGUCGAACGGCAAGACGUUCGACUCCAGUCACGUCCGACGCAAGGAAUACGUCAGUCAGGUGGGCGUGGGGCGCCUCAUCCACGGAAUGGACCGUGGCCUGCUGGGCACCUGCGUCAACGAGCGCCGCAGAAUCACCGUCCCGCCGCACCUGGCCUACGGGAGCAUCGGAACAGGGGGCGUGAUCCCGCCGGACGCCGUCUUGGUCUACGACGUUCUGCUUCUGGACGUUUGGAACUCCCAGGACAAAGUCCAGAUCCGCACUCUCAGCAAACCCGAGCGCUGCGCACGCGCUGCCGCCGCCUCCGACUUCGUGCGCUACCACUACAACGGCACGCUGCUCUCCGGGAAGACUUUCCUCUCCAGCCACGCUAAAAACGCCACCUACGACACGUACCUGGGGCGGGGCGACCUGAUCGAGGGCAUGGAGGAAGGUCUGCUGGGGAUGUGCGUGGGAGAAAGACGCGUUGUCAUCGUCCCGCCGUUCCUGGCGUACGGAGAGAAAGGACACGGAAGCGUCGUCCCGCCUCAGGCCACGCUGGUGUUCGACGUUCUGAUGGUGGACGUGUUCAACCCCAAAGACGACCUCGCGGUUGAGGUCCAGGAGGUCCCGGAAGGCUGCGAGCGGAGGAGCGCGGCGGGGGACUUCAUCCGGUACCACUACAACGGCACCUUCCAGGACGGCACCCCGUUCGACUCCAGCUACAAGAGGAACAGCACGUACAACACGUACGUGGGCCGAGGCUACGUCAUCGCGGGGAUGGACCGAGCCCUGCUGGGUCUGUGCAUGGGCGAGAAGAGGAAGGUGGUGGUGCCGCCUCACCUGGCGUACGGAGGGGAGGGCGUCGGCGAGCUCAUCCCCGGCUCGGCCGUGCUGGUGUUCCACAUCCACGUGCUGGACUUCCACAACCCCGCCGACGCGGUGGAGGUGAAAACGGUCCGCCGGCCCGAAGGCUGCGGGCCGGCCAGCGGGGAGGACGACUGGCUCCGCUACCGCUACAACUGCUCGCUCAUGGACGGCACGCUGCUGUACUCCUCGGACCAGCACGACUCCCCGUCCGUCACCACGCUGGGUGCCGACGAGGUGAUCGCGGGUCUGGAGCAGGGCUUGAUGGGCAUGUGCGUGGGCGAGACCAGGGAGGUGGUGGUGCCGCCGCACUGGGGCCACGGCGAAAACGGAGCUGGCGUGGUUCCGGGUAGCGCGGUGCUGUUCUUCCAGCUGGAGCUGCUGGAGCUGCAGAAAGGCGUCCCCAAAGGGUUCAUGUUCGUGUGGCUGGGCGACCCCCCCGAGCCCCUCUUCGCCGCCAUGGACCUGGACGGCGACGGCCAGGUGCCCCUGCAGGAGUUCUCGGACUUCAUCGCGCUGCAGGCGGAGAGGGGCAACGGCCGCCUGAGGCCCGGGAUUCCGCCCGAGGACAUCAUCCGGGACAUGUUCGACAGCCAAGACCACGACAAGGACGGCAAGAUCGUCGCCCGGGAGGUGACGUUACGGGCCGACGACCGGGACGAGUUGUAAACGGGGCACACUUGCGCACCGUCACGUCCACGAGCCGCCAUUCGUUUCACCCACCGGACACGACGUUGCGUUACGCCGUCGAACGGGGGGGACGGGAAAAGUUGAGAGUCAAAACCGGAACCUUCCAACUGCGAGGCAGAGCUGCAAACAUGGAAGCACGGUGUCGGAGGCGUGGCCUUAAAAAACCCGUACACCCCCAAUUAAGUCACAUGUUGUCAAUUAACCAAUCAGGAGAUCUGCCAUUUUCCUUAAAGACGGUACUUUUUGUGUUUGUUAUAUUUGGACCUUGAAGAAAAUAUGAAAUUCUCCAAGGCGUUGUUCUCCUGUUCAAUAUUCAAUAAUUUUGGUGAUUCUGACUGACCUGAAACAAGAGUGAGACAAAAAAUGUUUUUGCUUAUCGUCUCAACUGCGUGCGGUGCGCACUAUGGAGUAAGAUGCGUAGAAUGCAAAAUGGCGGGAGUGUGCAUAUUUAUUCGAUAUUUCUGCGGCCCUCCUUGUCCGUUGUCAAAUGUGUGAGAAAAAAACUUGCCAAUUUUUGUAAAUCUAAAAAUUUUCUGGAACAAAAGUGAGCAAAUCCGCCUUGCAGUUGGGGAAAUCCAAGUUUGAAUCUCAAGUCAUCCAAGCCUUCCGUGAAUGUCCACGUCCGUUUUUGGGGCCCCAAAUGCUAAAUACGGCGGUGCCAACCUUCCAGAAAA